AAAGAAUAGACCUUGAUGUGCAUAUGUACAACACCCUUCAACCAACAACCUACACCGUCAGCCCUACUACAGAAUUCAGAAUCAGUGCUCGCUUAAAUAUCCUCCUUAACUUACAUACUCUGACCAACUUGUCAAUAAUAAUCCUAUCAUGUCCACGACACACGCAGCGCCCCCACCCCUUGAUCUUAUGUUCUCUCAAGACCUCAUUUCACUAGAGGUUUCAGCACAACUUCCCUCCGACCUUCAGAUACGCCCACUUGCGUCAACAGACUACAAACGCGGUCACCUCGAUGUUCUUUCCGUCCUUUCCGUCGUCAACGACCUCGGUGAGGCAGCAUGGAUUGACCAGUUCCACGCCAUGCGUUCAACCCCGCACACAUACUACUCCAUCGUCAUCCUGGACAAGGCGAGCGACAAGAUUGUCGGAGUAGGCACCGUUGUCAUUGAGCGCAAGUUCCUUCGUGGUCUUGGCAGCGUCGGUCACAUCGAGGAUAUCGCCGUUGAUAAAAGUCAGCAGGGCAAGAAACUUGGUCUACGUAUCAUCCAGGCUCUCACGCACAUCAGUGAGGACAACGGCUGCUACAAGACCAUCUUGAACUGCAGCGACGCCAACAUUCCCUUCUACCAAAAAUGUGGCUAUGUCAAGAAGGAGAAUGAGAUGGCCAAGUACGCCUCAGAACGUGCCCAUACACCAAAACUUUGAUUUCUCCUCUUAUUCAUUGGACUCUACACCCGUAUAUACCAUCGUCGCCAAGUGUAGUACAUAUUAUAGAUUGGAGUGCGGCCUCGGACAUUCUGCACACAUACCUGUAUCAUGCAAUUUUAUUGCCAACACAUUUCCUAUGGCUAA